AUGACGAGUGGUACUCCACGUGCCAAAAUUGGUCCUACCCAGGACCAGGAUUUGCAAGGACCUCCUGGAAAGCAGACUUGCAGACUUGUUUGCGAAAGGUAUGACCAGUACGGCCUUUAUCACUCAGAGGAUUGACGUACGAAGUCCAUGGUUAGAUCUUGCACUCGGAUCUUAUAGUUCUUUUUCCUGUAGUUUCUCCAGUAGCUCUUCAGGGAAGGAGAUCGUAUCUGGUAAGUCUUAAUGGCAGGUAUACGUUAAAUCUAAACUUUAUCAUUUACUAAAAUUUUAUCUAAUAGACAAAACAUUUGUAGUAAAAAUCCAAGAUGUAACCUUUAACAUCUUUACGAUAAGUAUGCAGAAGUUCUUCAAGGAAGUGUUUUAAGACAUAUACUGUACACGCUGUACAUAGCGGAUACGAUUAGUAUCACAAUUUUCAAUUGCAGUUGCUUGAUGCUCAGUGUUUUUUUAGCAUUGUAUUUUGUAUAUCUUUUUUACUUGUAUCCGCAGUCAGCAUAUUGUCUACGUAAAUUUUUAUACACACAGAGUAGUCCAUUUAAAUGUUUUGGCCAUCUAAAUAUUUUUUUGAAUUGUAAUGAUGCAAAAAAUAUUUUAUUUUUGCCUAACAUGAAUGGUAUUGAAAGACCAAUAACUGUGAAAAUAUUUUUUUUUCAUCGUCAUUUUUUUCAGAGUUCUCAAGAUCAUUGAUGUUUUUUUUUUCAUACAACAUAUAUUUGUUUUUAUUGUAUUGAGUAGCUAAUAAAAGAAGUACGUUCAGAUAAGUAAAAAACUUAAUCUUGAAUAUUUAAAUUUAUAAAUUUAUCUCUAUCAGGAUCACAGAACUGAAUGAUAAACGUAAAUGAAUAUGUUUAUUAUUUCUUACAUUAUCAAUGAUAAUCUAAUAGCUUGAAAUUCCAAUCAAUGUAUUUGUUUAGAUCUCAAAAGUUAUUGCGGCGCUUAGUUUGUUUAAUACAGAUAGUACAAGCGAAGAAGAGAUAACUCUGUAGGAAAUGAGUCAAGAAUAAGAAUUUUUCGGUUGAGUCUAUGUUUUGGAAUAAAUCGGCUUUGCAUAUUCUUCGAGUACGCGUGCAGUUAACAACGUCGUACGUGAAUGAAUCUUAAUACGAUAUUUUUAGAAACAGUAUCUUUGACAUUCCAUUCUCAAGCGAUAGCGAAUAUUUAGGAAAUAAUAAUACGUCACCGAUAAACUACAGUAUAAGUAGGGCAAAAUUUUAACAGACAAAAAGCAAUUCCCUCAGAAUCCUCGAACAACGAGCUUCCAGAAUCAAUCUCCUACCGAGCAGCAGUUAUAUUGUUAGCGUUACUAUUUCCAUAUCUACUAUUCCAUUAGCUAUUGUUAUAUUUUUUUAUUUACUAUUUCUUAUAUUUUUAGUUAAUCAGUAAUUAAUCAUAGUAUUAAGUCUCAUUAUACGAAAUAUUAAUUCCAGAAUAUAGUAUAUUUUACGUAUGAACUUCAGUGUUCUUUAAUUAUUAUUAACCAAUUAUUUUAUUAUUUUAUUAUUAACCAAGUUUUUAACGAUUGCUGCCAUUCAUCUGGUGACGGAAGUGCAGAUGUAGCUGCACGGUAUCCAGUGUUAAUAGCAAUCAUCAAAUACAAGAGAUACAAGACACAGCUGCAUAGCGUCGAGACUCCAAUUGCAGAGGCCAAGAUAUCGAUGUACGUUCUUGGAGGGGUUCCGAUCACUCUCACUGGAUCAAAAGCGCCUCGAACUGCAGAGAGUAACGGAUCCCAAUCAGUUGGAUCAAAAGAUUGCACUUUGACACGUAACGGCUGAGCAUGAGUUAUUUGUCGUCGUCCGACGUGCCGGAGAGAAGCAGUUCGAGUGUGCAAAAAUGCAUAUUUUUCAAGUACCAUGUUCUAUGGAUCUCGUGAAGUAUGAAGCUGCACUCCCACGAUGCAUUUUAAUUAACCCUUUGCAGUCAAGUGUCGGCAAAUAGCCGCCCAAUUCUGUUUA